CGCCUGUCGAAAAAAAGCUGUACAACCUGUCACUUCCUCUCACCGUCACACUCACCGUCUCCUUAAUCUCAUCGCUUCUUUCUCAAAAACCAGGGCUUGCUCUGGCCAUAGAACUUCACUAUGCGGCUAUCAGAAUACCACACUCUUUCACAACAAACAGAAACAGAAGACGACGUCGACUCAGACACCAUCGCACCUUCAGUGUUCUCUACAAAAUCUGGCAAAUCAAUAGUCAAACCGCCCACUUAUUAUGGAGAAGGCUCCUUUGAUGCUGCUUCCUCGGAUUCAAGUGCUGCGAGUGAAGAAGAGGAGGGGUUGUUGGCGAUGGAGAAACCCCCAAUGAGCCCUGGAUUGGCAGAGAGUGGUUUCGGAAAUGAGAAGAAGAAGAGGCCUUCAUCGCUUCGUUUUCUCAUAAUCACUAUCCUCGUUUUGCUCUUUCUCAGUGGCAUAAUCGGAUUAAUUGCGGCCAGGACGUAUGUCGGGACGGGCUACCGAAUACCUGGCACGAAGAAAGUUACGAUGGAUCAUAUAUUCAAUGGAACGUUCCGUGCGAUAGAAACCAGUGUUGAAUGGGUACCAGAAGCUGGUGACGGUGUCUUCUCGAUAAAUGACGGCGGUUUUAUCAAACUUGUAGACUUGAAAAGCAACCAAACGAGAGUAUUGGUGAACUUGCAGGACGUGAAGGACUCGAACGGUAACCAAAUCGCCAUUGCAGAUUGGAAGGUGUCACCAGAUAUGAAGGAUAUCCUUGUCAAGACCGACUAUGUCAAGCAAUGGCGGUGGUCGUCUUAUGGCAACUAUUACAUCCACAACAUCGAAGCUAAAAUUACGUUUCCUUUAAUACUGCCGACCCAUCCACCUAAAACGGCGUUUGCUACUUGGUCCCCAACGGGAGAUUCUGUCGCCUUCGUUCACGACAACGAUUUGUAUGUUCUCAUGCAGGCGGACGCCGCGACUGAACCGGUCCGCAUCACCAACACACCGGUUGAAGCGAAGUCGACAUAUUUCAACGGCGUUCCAGACUGGGUGUGCGAAGAAGAGAUCUUUUCCGCUCCAUCUGCCCUAUGGUUUUCCCCCACUUCCACCAAGCUUGCUUUCCUCAGCUUCAACGAGAGCGCUGUGGACGAAUACGUGUUUCCGAUAUACAACCCAACCGAAAAUUCGUACGUGGUCAACCCUUAUACGAAAGAGGUCCGAAUGAGGUAUCCCAAACCGGGUUAUGCUAAUCCGAUUGUGAACGUGUAUGUGGUUGAUCUGAAUGCUAUCCCGGGUGGGGGUGUUGAAGAGGCAACUGUGGAGUUGACUUGGGAAGGAAGAAAAGAGCAGGACAAUUCUGUUAUACAGGAGGUUGCUUGGGUUGGUGAUGACGAGUUGAUUGUCAAGGAGGUCAACAGAAACGCGGAUGAUGGUAGUGUGGUAUACUUCAAUAUCGCCACUGGGUCUAGGAAAGGAGAGGGUCAGGGUCUUGUGGUUCGGAAGUUGGGAAAGUAUGGAGAAGAGGGAGAUGAUGGUUGGAUUGAAAGUGCCCAAAACAUCUACCCGAUAUCUCUCGGAUACCUCGAUAUUGUUCCUACGCCUGAGGGCUACAACCACAUCGCGUUGUUCUCGCCUUCGAACAGCUCUGAACCCAGAUGGUUAACGAAGGGUGAAUGGGAGGUUACCAGUGGUAUUAAGGGUGUUGGUGCUGCCGACAUUUACUUCGAGGCCACGAAAGAGUCUUCCAUCGAACGACACCUGUACUCUGUACCACUCCCGACAUCUCGUUCCACUGAUAUUCAACCCACCGAACCUAAAUGGCUAUCCAAACCCUCGACGUUGAUCAACCCCAACGUACCUGUGGUCUCCCCCGAUCUCAACGCUGAGCUGAGCGGUGGAAAAGAAGAACAGGCAUAUUUCUCCACGGAUUUUUCACCUGAAGCUGGGUUCUACGUGUUAAGCUACGCGGGGCCUAACGUACCGUGGCAGAGGAUUGUGAAAACUGGGGAUGAAGCCUUUGACUUUGUGUUGUCUUCGAAUCAACACUUGGUGAAUGUGACCAACGAGUACGAGAUGCCGACGGUUAUCUACGAUACGAUCAAGAGUGAUGGUGUUGAAAUGAACGUGAAGGAAAUGCGUCCACCUCGCAUGGAUGACUCUGGUCGGACGAAGUACCCUGUACUUUUCCAUGUAUACGGAGGGCCUGGAAGUCAACAAGUCAAUGCUCGAUUCUCUAUGAACAGAGAUUGGCAUUACUACCUAACCUGUGGAUUGGGGUAUAUCGUCGUGGUUCUCGAUGGACGUGGAACUGGGUUUAAAGGAAGGAAAAUGAGAAAUUGGGUGAAAGGAAACUUGGGGUUCUUUGAGACGAAAGAUCAGAUUGAAGGUGGAAGGCUUUGGGCUUCCAAAACGUAUGUUGAUAACCGGAAGAUAGGAAUUUGGGGGUGGUCGUAUGGUGGAUUUAUGGCUUCGAAAGUUGCAGAAGCGGAUCAGGGAGUUCAUUCGUUGUCUAUGGCGGUUGCGCCUGUGACGAGUUGGAGGUUGUAUGACUCGAUAUACACUGAACGAUAUAUGAACCUGCCUGAUGUCAACCCGGGAGGGUACAUCAAUGCGUCGAUUUCGAAUGUGACUGGGUUCCAUAAUAUAGAUUAUUUAUUGGCUCAUGGGAGCGGGGAUGAUAACGUUCAUUAUGCCAAUUCGGCACAUCUGAUGGAUAUGUUGACCAGGGAGGAGGUGAGAGGGUGGAGGUUUAGGAUGUUUACGGAUAGUGACCAUAGUAUUCAGAAACGUGGUGCUUAUAGGGAACUGUAUGAGUUCCUUACGGAGUUUUUGGUGGAGAAGUGGGGGAAAGGUGGGAGGAGACGUGCAUGGUAGGAUGGACGAUGAUUCUCUGGUUUCUUGCUGUGGAAUAUUGUAUUAUUGUAUUUAGUUUAUCGUUAUGAGCGUGACAAGCACAUUCUUUUUCUGGAUCUGACAAUUUGCCUACAAAACUUCUCGUAUCCAACAUGUAGACCAAGGAAA